UUAUUCUCUGUCCAGAAAAGUCCGUUAGUCAAAGCGCAGAAGAGACGCAGCGAAGAGAUGCUGUCCACCUGAUCAAGGCACUUCAGUUUUUUGAUCGAUUUAAGAGAGAGAAAGAGAAAGAGAGGGAGAAAAAAAACAUUGAAUAGAAAAAUUUGGAGACGCAAGAAAAAAAAAGAAAGAAAACGAGUUCUGAGUCGAACACUUUGGUUAGAAGAAAGGAAAACAUAAGGCUGAAGACUCUGGAGAGGAACGCAGCCUUUCUAAACAUCCCUCAACAGGUGCGCAGAUCUAUCUGAGGAAUAAAAGAGAUGGCCUCCGCGGCUCUGGAGCUCCUGGGUCUGACCCUGUGCGUCUUCGGCACGCUCUUGGAGAUGACCGCCUGCGGGCUGCCCGCCUGGAAGGUGACCGCCUUCGUCGAGGCCAACAUCGUGGUGGCCCAGACCAUCUGGGAAGGCCUGUGGAUGUCGUGCGCCGUGCAGAGCACCGGUCAGAUGCAGUGUAAGGUGCACGACUCCAUGCUCGCGCUCAGCCACGACCUCCAAGCCGCGCGCGCGCUCACGGUCGUCUCGUCCGUCUUGUGCGUCGUGGGGCUGAUGGUGGUGAUCGCCGGCGCGCAGUGCACCAACUGCAUCAAGACGGAGAGCGUCAAGGCGCGCGUGGUGAACGUCGGAGGCGUCAUCUACAUCAUCAGUGGUAUAUUCGUGCUCGUGCCCCUGUGCUGGAUGGCCAACAACAUCAUCUCCGACUUCUACAACCCUCAGGUUAUGGCGUCCCAGAAGCGGGAGAUCGGCUCGGCGCUCUACAUCGGCUGGGCGGCCACCGCGAUGCUCCUGCUCGGGGGAAGCAUGCUCUGCUGCUCGUGUCCCUCCUCUGGAAACACAGGCUACUCGGCCAAAUACGCGCCCACCAAAAGAGCAACAUCCAACGGGGACUAUGACAAGAGGAAUUACGUUUAGACGCUGUUUGGACUCGUUUACAAAAGUUGUUUUGUGCUUUCUUGAGUGUUGCACCUGCAGAUGUUUAGGUUCUUCUUCUUUUUUUAAAGCAUCUCGUGGACUACUGAUUGGAUCCAUGUUUUUAUUUAACGCGAAAGUUUUGUGGAAAGCUUAUGCAUUUCUGAAAGGUGGACGUUUUAUAAUAACUUUCAACAAUAGUAACACAAACAUUAUGCAGUGCUUAACAGAUCAUCACAAUACUUUGAAAUAGUUCUGAAGCAUUCACUACUGAUUUGUUAAACAUUAUAUAAUUUUUAUAUAUAUGCCUGUUGGUAAAAUUUUAGAAUAAGGUUCAGUAGUAAACAUCAAUUAACUACUUUAGUUAACAUGAGCUAAAAAUGAACAAUAUUUCUACAUGCAUUAUUAAAAUGUUUAACAUUAGUUAAUGCACUGUGAACUAACAUGAGCAAACAAUGAAUUACUGUAUUUUAAUUCAUAAAACCGUACAGUAAAGUGUUACCUGCCUGUAUUUGUUUUGUUUUUUAAAGCAUUUUGGUCUGAUUGGCUGAAAUGUAUUUA